GAAAUGAUAAUGAAUCUAGAAUAUAAUAAUCUAUUAUUAUCAUAUGUGAUUAAUUUUUCAAAUCUGCCCAAAAAAAUUAAAAAUGCAUUUGAUGAGCAAGCACUAAUAGCAAUGACAGCUCUACCGAUAAAAUUCCAUCGAGACAUGGAUCCUACUUUAGAAAAAUACCUUGCUUCCUUGUAUGAAAACCAACAAAUAUGCGAAAAAUUAUUUCCGCAAAUGUAUAAUGAUAAAUGUAAAUUAAUACGCUUUGGACAUGAUUCAAAAAAUAAAAUGCUCGAUGAACUUAUUGUGAAGAAAUGCAUAUAUUUGUCUAAUUGGAAGAACCUCUGUAAUGAUAUUUGUAAAGCUGAAUUGUUGCUAUUCCAAGCUUAUG